CUUUGGAAUUUGGACCGUCGAUCCCUGACAAGUUACACCAUCAUUCCCUCUCAAUUCUCAUUAUUAUCUCGGUGAGAGCUCCCAAUCACAUCGCUUAUUGCAAACGCUACCUGCACAGCCGGUGGUUUCUGCUGAAUCGGGAGAAAAAAACUCACCCAAUUCGGUGCCACCUCCUUUAGGGUUUCUUCUGCUCAUUUUACAACAUGGCUGAUCCUGAGUUGGAAGCAAUCAGACAGAGAAGAAUGCAGGAGCUUAUGGCUAGGCAUGGCGUGCAGGGCAAUCAGCAGAACUCAGAACAGCAGAAGGCUCAGGAUGAUGCAAAGAGGGAGGCUGAGGAGCGAAGACAAAUGAUGCUUAGCCAGAUAUUGUCAGCCGAAGCACGAGAAAGACUUGCUCGAAUUGCUUUGGUGAAACCCGAGAAAGCAAGAGGGGUUGAAGAUGUCAUACUGAGAGCCGCUCAAAUGGGUCAGAUAGCUGAAAAGGUUUCUGAAGAAAAACUCAUAACACUGCUGGAGCAGAUAAACAACCAAACAACAAGGCAGACCAAAGUUACAAUACAGAGGCGUCGAAGUGUUCUCGAGGACGACGAUUAAUCGCAGUUUGCUGAUUAGCUUUCACUGUCUCAUUUAAACGGUCUGCAUUUCAUGCUUGUUAUAUAUUUUACCAAAAAAUUAUAAUGGGUUUGUGAAGUAUGUCUGUUUCUAUCUAAAAUUUUGGUUCUCUUGCCAGCUUCCUAAUUAAGCUAUAUACUCGGAAAAUUAACUUUCUGGCAUACUCUUUAAAACAAUUUCUAGCUUGUGGAUGGCAUCUCAAAAAUUUCAAAUAUGAAAUGUACUCUAAAAUAGAAAUUUUCAUCCCAGAACCUUCGAAUGUAACGACUACAAGAUGCGGUUGCUGGCUGCGGCCUUGGUCUAUUGGCAUGUGUUAUUAGUUAUUACAAGUGAUUACAUGAUAUAUUUUCAGUGAAGUUGAUUAUUUGAGAAGUGGAGUUGGAUUAGUAACCUGAACAAAUAUAAAGAAGUGGGAAGACAGUUCUUUCUUUAUUUUGAAAAAAAAAAAUAGGGACACUUGUUCUAUUAUAA